CCCUCAUGAUCAUAAGCUUGGUGCGUUUCGUUUUACUCCCCUCCCUUUUUUUUUACUUCCCCCUCUUUACAAAUUCAACGCUUCUAUUUCGCUCCCCCCUUUUACGCUCCUUGCCCUCAUCGGUUUCAACGGUUUCAACUCGUGCCUUCUCACACUUGUUUGCUGGCUCAAGUGUAUAGUUAAAACCUCGAUUUUUUUAUAUAACCGGCGCUUGUACCUCACACACGCAAAUGAAUGAAUGAUGCAUGUUUUCUUUAUGUAUUUUUUUUUAUUUGUGUAAAUAUUCGUACGUUUCUUCGAAAAGGUCGUUUCGCACGAGUAAAUAAUCAAUCCGACAUGACAAUAAACACUAUCAAAAAUCUUGUGUCCCUGAAACAUUCAUUAUUACCGAUAUUUCGUCGCACGUGCAAAAAUAACUAUGUCGAAAGACGUUUAUAUACUUCGAGUCUGAAAUUCCAGCAAUCGCGAGAAAUCACAAGAAAAGUUAAAUCCUACGGAAAAUUGUUUAUUGAAUUGCCUUGUAACGUACAAGUGAAAUCUAUCGAUCCUCACAAAUUUCCCAACAUGGACACUUUCCUUGUGAAUAUUCAUUCCGACAAUACUCAAUGUGUCGAUAUUGAGAAACUUAUAAAUAUCCAGACGGAUGAAUCAUUUUCCGAGAUUACUGUCAAAAACUGCGAUACUUCGAACUUUUCGAGCGAUACUGUACUCGUUUUUCAAACUCCCAUCCAGUAUGAUAUUGAUGUAAAAGUAUAUGGAGACUCGGACGCAUCGAUAUCAAAUAUAUUGUCACAGUUCAUCAGUGCAGUAACUGAGAGAGGCAAUAUUGAAGCAUCUAAAUUGCAAAGCAAUAGAAUGAAGUUCAUCUCCAGCCACGGGGGUUCAAUAGUAUUGACAAAAAGUUUGCAGGGUGAUAUUGAAGCACGGACCACUAAUGAGGGGUCAAUCACAGCUGAAAAAUGCUUGGGCACCAAUCUGCAAAUGCGGACAGAAAAUGGAAACAUAAAUUUAGGGAGUAAUUAUUGUGAAAUAGCAAACUUUUCAACAAUAAAUGGUGAAUUGAAUUUGAACAAUCUUCACAUGGAAGCUAUCGCCGAAAUAAAAGGAGAAGGCUGUUUACAUGUCUCUUGUCUGGAUGGUUCAUUGCAAGCAAAUGUCAAAAAAGGUGAUUCAAAAAUUAAUGUCGUAAGGCUUACAGGGAAAUCUCAAAUCAUUUCGGAAGGCCUCGUCGACCUUAUUAUUCCCAAAGAGAACAACAUAGAAUUGAACCUAAAGGGCAACACACUCAGCCUGCAUGAGAGUUUGAGAGGAUCAUCUGUGGCAAAGGAACAGACUUUCAAAACAAAAGGCAAGAUUCCCUUGAACGUUGAAACACUGGGAAGUCUCAAGAUAAAAAGCUUAAGUUGGGCAGAGUCGUUUCAACUUGGAAAAUUUACAAAAUAAUAUCAAAAAUGCAGGAGCUUUUUGACCCAGUGAAUGAAGCGAAGGACCGGGAUGCAGGAUCACAGCACUGCCGAGACAUUCCGCACCAGAGUAUAAAACUGCAAACUGUCAAUGAAAUUUUUCAUAAAAAGAUAGAAUGAAAAACGUGCACAAGAAGUGGAGAAUUUAUUAGAAAGAAAAAUAAACGUGAAAAACGUUCUCAAAA